UGUUUCCCACAUUGAAUUGGGUUCUGCCAAAGAACGUCCGUUCUGCGGUCAGGCUCUGGAUCACGCGUGCGCGCUGGUCUGAAUGAGCGCUCAGAGUGUUCGUGCAGUGUUGCUGACAGUCUCACGUAAGUCGCCCUACACAGAGCCACGAUGUCUGACGCUGAUGCCCCAGCAGACAACAACAAUGGGGAGCCUGGAUUAAACGGAUCAUGGGUGGAGCUGGAGAUGAACAGAAACUCUGCAUCGCUCGCUUCGUCCACCGCCUCGGUGCUGCCUCCUCUAGCUCAGGUUGUAGAGGAGGAUGAUGGAAUGGUGGGAGGGCUAGAACACGUUCCCUCUUCGUCCUCCAUUCACAAUGGAGACAUGGAGAAAAUCCUGCUAGAUGCCCAGCACGAGUCCAGCCGCAGUAACUCCUCUUGCGACAGCCCUCCUCGACCCCACAGUCCUCAGGAUGAUGGACAGAUCAUUUUUGACGUGGACACGAGGAGAGACAUUCAGGAGGACGUCAUGGAGAAGAUGAGAGAUGAUGACAUAUUAAUGAAGGAUUCAGACUGGGUGGCAGACUGGUCGAGUAGACCAGAGAAUAUUCCACCUAAGGAGUUCCACUUCCGGCACCCACGGCGUUCAGUGACUCUUAGCAUGAGGAAGACAGGAGCGAUGAAGAAAGGAGGCAUAUUCUCUGCUGAGUUUCUCAAAGUGUUCAUCCCCUCACUUCUCCUGUCCCACAUCCUGGUCUUGGGUCUAGGGGUCUACAUUGGGAAAAGACUGACUACUCCUGCAAGCUCCAUUUGAACACAAUUCUGAUGAAAUGCCUCAGGCAUGGCCCAGGUGGAUUAGGGUGAAGUUUGUAGUUUGGACAAAGAAUGACCCCUGCUUCCCCUUUCUUCUGCUUUCACUCUUUCCCUCCCAUACCAUUUUCUAUUUCCUUCCCUUUUUGGUGUUUCCUUUUACAUGGCCUUUCCACAAUGGGAAGUGACAUUUGCACAUUGUAGAUUAAGAGAAUUGUACUUCUCUCCAUUUCAGGCCCUCUUCUUUUUUCUUUUUCUUUUUUUUGUCACAUAUUUUUUAUUUGUGGUAUCCCUUUUUUCUGUUUUUUUUUUUUUUUUCACAAAAGUGAAUGUUGUAACAAACACCCCCUUAGCUCUUUAUAUGUAUAUCAUUUAAUUUGUAAGUGUUUGAGGGCAGUAUGUUAAACCAAACCUACAUGCUAGUUGAGCACUAGCCUGAUCAGAGAUCUGUCUGUGCCCUUUUGGGUCUGAUCACAUGGCCAAAAGUGGGCCACACACAUAAUGACAAAGUAAUAAAGGAUCCCACUAAUUUGGCCUCUUUUUUUAAAUGGGAUAAACCAAAAUAUAUAGACUUAUUGAAGACAUAUGAGCAUGCCUGGGUGGUAGCUAAAAGUUUUUUAUGCUUUUCAAAUGCUUUCCUUUUGGUUGUUUUAUUUACGUUUUGGUAGAAAUGUUAGAAUGAUUGAGUUAUUUGUGUUUUUGGAAAGACAGGGCUCUCUGUAGACCCCAUCCACAUCCUGUCAUGUUGGAAAAGGGCAAUUAAAGAAUAGCUUGUUAAUAAGAUGAAACAUAAUAUAUGUAUUUCACUGUACCAGAUGCAAUUCUAUACAAAGUUGAAAGCAUAAUCUUUGACAGUACACAGAGAAAGUGUUUGGUACAAGGAAAUGACUGAUACAUAAAUUCAUGUUUGAAAAAUGUAAUCUCAUAAACAUAUUGCCUGCCAUAAUACAUUUAGUCGGAUAGGACUGAUGGAUCCAUGUAUGAAAAAAUAUUAUUUUAUUUAAAUUAUUUCUGUGCUUGUUUCUCUGUGUUUGUUGUCAUUUUGUUUGCCCCUUGUUUCCUUUAAAUACAUAUCAGGUAGUGAUUUCAUAUCUGUGUGGCAGUAAAGGGGCCGUUCAGACCGAACACGUUCUUGUGCUAAAAAGUUAGACCGCAACGAAUAGAACAGAAUGCAGUAUUUUUUUUACAUUGACAAGGCGUCUAAACAUAUGGCGCUCCUGAGUGUGGCGAUACAAAUAUAAAAACGCUAGUCGCGGCUCAACGGUCAAAGACGUCCGUCUCUAGAGAACUAAAAACAAAUUAUGGAAAAGCAGUCCAGGCGGACACAAAAAAAAUUCAGGCAACCUGCUUGUGGCAAACAUUUUGUUAUAACAUCUAUCUCAUACAUAUUUAUAGCAUAAUGAUUUCCAUGCUGUUGAGGAGGUUGUCUUGAAAUGGAAGAGGUACAGCAGCGACAUCUUUGGUUUGUGACGGGAAUCACAACGAGGCUGUGAGUCUGGGCUGUAGGCUACUGCAGUUUAUAGUGUUUCUGGAUCGUUCCGCGGACAAAACAUUGGAAAAACACAUUUCCAAGAACAUUCAGUAGACAAAAAAAUAUAUUGACAACACGAGUUGAAGAGUUGAGUGUUGAAGAGAUGGUAGGCCUAAGUCUAUUCCUCACAGCCUCUUUGUCUUUCCCAUUAAAAUAUGAUGGCGCUACCGUGAAUAAGGACUGAAUACGUGCACCACAGUAUAACAAAUGACCCGUUGUGAUAUGCUCCAUCUAGCAGAAUUUAUCUUAAAGGAAUAUUUUCAAAUAAUCGUUUACUCACACUCAUGUCGUUCCAAACACAAAUUACUUAAAUUUUUCUCUGUAAUGCAAAAUGAGACAUUUUGAAGAAUGUUCCCACUGCUCUUUAACAUUGGAAAUUAAUGGUGAAACAUAUCAGUACAACUAGUCCAAGGCUUACAUUUUGAUCUGUUCCUCACAAAAAACUUCCAAAUGGCUUUAGAAGACUCUAAAUGAAGUGCACUAUUCAUAUGGACUUUUUCUUUUUGGAUUCUUUUAAGCCCCUGAUCACUAUAGGCUUUCAAUGUAUGGGGGGAAACACACACACACGCACACACACAGUCUAGUCAUGCACAUUUAGUUAACACUAACACUCCAGCACAACAGGUGACAAUGUAAUAAACCAGUGGACAUGAACAUCCAAAUGCUUAUGGGAACAGGGUUUUGUUUAGCUAUUACCCUGAACAGAAUUGUACUUAAGUCGAAUAGCGUUUUUUGUCAGGACAUUUUAAGUGUUUUUUUGGAUGUGUGCACACAUUUCUUUUGGUCUUCAUCUAAAUCUAUGAAGGAAUUGCCUCUUCUCAAACACAACUGCCAAAAUAUAUCUUUGUGCCUCGGCUCCUUAAUCAUGUUUGAUACUUUAUGAUGUCAUUGUUUAACAAAGCUCAUUUGUCUGUGUUCUGUGCCAGACUUUAUUUUAUCUGUGCCACCUUCUCUGUUAAUACAACAUUUUCAAGGUUUCUCCUAUACAUUAAGUUGAACUUUAGUUCUUUAAUAAUCAAGGCAAACUAGUGUAGAGAACACAGAAGAGAAGGCACAGGAUAGCUGUUAAUAAACAAAGAUAUAUUAAAUGGGGUUUUAGUUUUUUGAUUGUUCAUUGAAGUUGUAAACAAGUGAAUAAACCACAUUUGUGGAGAUACUUUUUCAGA